AUGUCCUACAACAAACCAGACGGCCCACCUCCCUCGUAUCCACCGCCCGUCCACGACGCCGGCCCUUACUCGCCUCCUCCCGCCGGCGCUCAACAAGACUACUACAACCAAGGCGGCUACUACGGUCCUCCCGCCGGCGACCCCUACGCUCAACAGGGCGGCUACGGCUCUCCACCUCCUCAGCAGGGUUAUUACGGUUCUCCGCCGCCCCAGCAGCAGAUGUACUACCCGCCGCAACAAGGGUAUCCGCCUCAACAACCGCAGGGCUAUUAUGCGGGUGACCGCGGUGGCGGAGGCUCGUCGGGAGGUGGCAUCUGCGCGGGUAUUCUGGGUGCGUUGGCGUGUUGUUGCUGCUUAGACAUUUUGUUUUAG